AUGCUCCUGGUCAGCAACAGAGAAGACACCAUGGGUGGUGACGCGGCGCCCGCCCAGAGGCGUCAGCGCCGAACAAGUCCAGCAGUGUCGGCCGUUGGAGGGAGCGCAACCGUUCGGAAAAGGUUGGCGGAGACCCAGGCACUGCACUGGAACCGUCGCUUGUUCCACUUCUUGAACGGCUACUUGCUCGUGCUGGCGUUCCGCUCGUUCUCUUCAAAACGAGUCUUCUUGACAACUUUGGCUGUGCUUUGGACUGCUCAGCUCUUCUUGGAAAUAAUGAGACUCCUCAACCCUCGGCUCAACGCCCUCGUUAUGGUUUUGAUGGGACCUUUUAUGCGCAGCCAAGAGCAGCACCGGUUCAGCGGUAUGGUGCCCUUUAUACUUGGAGCGCUAAUAACUAUCGCUCUCUACCCCAAGGGUGUCGCAAUCAUAGCCAUUGUCGUUCUGUCCGUUUCAGAUCCGGUUGCUGCACUAGUGGGAAAUAUGGUGCGACGCUAUAUACCAGAACUAGAUCAUUCUACCCGUGCUCGGCACAACAAGUCGCUGGUAGGGAGCGUGGCGGGUUUCGCAGCCGCGACGCUCACUAUGUUCGUCGUGUUCCGUGCGAGCAGUCUCCGUCCCGGGAACACGCUCUGUCUCUGGCUGAAUUGCUUGGUACCGAGCGCUGCGGCGAUGCUCGCGGAAUGGCUUACGCCGUCGCCGCAGAGGACCUUGCCACUUCGAUGGUUUCCCUUCGCCUUGGACGACAAUCUGCUUAUACCGCUUGUUGUCGCAUUGGUGCUGCAGUUUACGGUACCAUGUUUAGGCGGCGUCGAUUUUGACAUAUCGCCCUGGAUUUUCCUCUAG